UCGUUUAGUUAAAGUAGUUGAACAGUUAAUUAAUUUGAAGGAUAUAUAUCUUCAAAGGAUCAACGCAGUACUUACUUACAAUGGCUACCUAAUUAAUAUUCAACAUACACAAUUGCUUUAMAGAUAAUGUUAUGCAUCAUGUUGGAACAUGAUUAUCAUUGGGCUACAAGUAUAAGUGCUUCCUUAUUAAAUCGAGAAAAGUGUGUUUAAGGAAGAAUUACAGGAGAAGUUCUUUCAUUUACAGUAUAAGGAUUGAGUCAUCGAUCAUGUAGAGUUUCAAGAAUUUCGAAGUCUUAAACUUAACCUGAAGAAUCGAUAAAAUGGCAGAAAACGUCAAGGUCGCCGUCCGUGUUCGACCUUUCAACAGUCGUGAAAAGGCACGCAAUGCCACCCUUAUUAUUAACAUGCUUGGAAACAGUACAGAAAUUAUGGAUCCAUCUAUGCCUGAAGCAGAACCAAAGAAAUUUGCUUUUGACUUUAGCUACUGGUCACAUGACGGCUUUGAAGAGGAUGACAAAGGCUACCUUAAUCCCACUGAAUCAAGAUAUGCUGACCAGGACAAAGUGUUCAAAGACCUUGGCCAAGGUGUUUUGGAUAAUGCAUGGAAAGGAUUCAAUUGCUCUCUGUUUGCAUAUGGCCAGACAGGAUCUGGAAAAUCCUAUUCUAUGGUUGGAUAUGGGGCAAACAAAGGCAUUAUCCCUAUCUUCUGUGAUACACUUUUCAAAGAAAUAAAUGAAAAGAAGAACGAAGGAAGCAAAGCUGAAUUCCAGGUUGCACUCAGUAUGCUGGAAAUCUACAAUGAACAGGUCCGUGAUCUGUUAAAUCCAGGAAGUGCUAAAAAGGGAGGCUUGAAAGUCAGACAACAUCCCAACAAGGGAUUUUAUGUUGAGAGUCUUGUCACUGUACCAGUAAAGAGUUAUGCUGACAUUGAUAACCGUAUUGAAGAGGGAACUAAAAGUAGAACAGUAGCAGCAACAAACAUGAAUGCGACAAGCAGUCGUGCCCAUACCAUAGUUGCCAUCAACUUUAUUCAAAAAGCCAAAAAUGAAGCUGGCCAAAACAUGACAAAGACAUCUAUUGUGAACCUUGUGGAUUUGGCAGGAAGUGAACGUGCUGAGUCUACUGGAGCAACAGGAGACCGACUGAAGGAAGGUUCAGCCAUAAACCAAUCUUUAUCAAUGCUUGGAAACUGUAUAAAAGCUCUUGCUGAUCAAAGUAGUGGCAAGAAGAAUAUCAUUGUACCAUUUCGUGACUCUGUUUUGACAAAGUUGCUUAAAAAUGCACUGGGAGGGAACAGCAAGACCAUCAUGAUUGCUGCUCUUAGUCCAGCUGAUAUCAAUUAUGAUGAAACUCUCUCUACUUUGAGAUUUGCUGAUAGAGCCAARGCCAUUAAAACAACAGCCAUCGUGAAUGAGAGCCCAACUGAUAAACUCAUUCGUGAACUAAGAGAGGAGAAUGCACGUUUAUUAGACCAACUAAAGAAGGGAGGUGUAGUGAUAGUACAGGGAGAAGAACAAGGACAGCAAGUGCCUGGAGGAGCAACAGAUGAAGAGGUUGAUGAGAUGAAGAAGGAAAUGGAGGAACGGCUGAAACGAAAUCAAGAGGAAAUGGAACAAAUGAAAAAGUCAUGGCAAGAACGACUUCAAGAAACUGAAGCUGCAUACAAAGCAAAGGAAGAAGCAGAAAAGAAAGAGAAAGAGAUGCGUAAAACUACUCCACACUUCUGGAACUUAAAUGAAGAUCCUCAGCUCUCUAAUAUGAUUGUCCAUUUUAUCAAGCCUGGAKCUCAAAAAGUUGGAAAUCGGAAAGCUGACCCUCCUGCACAGAUUACAUUAAGUGGUUUAAGUAUACUGCCUGACCAUGCAAGUAUUGCAUGUGAAGGAAAUAGCAUCAAGAUUCAACCGUCUCAAGAUGCAAAACUUUUGGUCAAUGGAAAACCUUGCAAUGAUUCAAUUGAAUUGCACCAUAAUGACAGAAUAAUGUUUGGAUCAAGCAAUCUGUUUGUCUUGCACCACCCAGUUGAGCUUGACAAAGCCACAAAAAAUGGUGAAGUGAUAGACAAAGUAACUUUUGAUAUGGCACAGGAGGAAAUUGCACAAAAUUCUGGGUUCAACAUGGACAAAACUGGUGGCAAAUCUAAAGAUGAAUUGCUGYUGCAAGAUGACCUUGUUCAACUAGUUCCAAUGGUGAAUGAAGCAAAUGCUAUGGCAGAAGAACUUAGCAAAAAGGUUAAGUUUGAAUUGAUGCUUAUUUCCCCUCAAGCACGCGGAUUAAAGGAAGGAAGGACAGAGGUUAAAGUUAAAAUGAAAAGCAAAGAAGAUGAUUCAGAGUGGGUCUGGGACAGAAACAAGUUCUUCAACCGCAAGUAUCUCAUGCAGGAAAUGUACCAAAACUAUGUUGAAGGUGAAGAAUGGGAAAGAAGCCAGGAUAAUGAUCCAUUUUGGGAGCCUGAUGAUUCUGAUGUCAUGAUUGGUAGUGUGCAGGUGUACUUGCAGAGUUUGGCAUACAAAAUUGAAUUAGAGGAAAAUCUAGCUAUUACAGAUCAUCGUGGCACAGAAAUGGGUCACUUACAGGUUGAGAUAUUUCCCUGUGAUGGUCAAGGUAAUGAAGACAUUGAUGACUUUGUUGAAGAUCCGAAAGAUUUGAUUGGCAAAGAAUUGAUAUUUAAUCUCAAGAUACCGGCUGCCAGAGGGCUUCCCCAGCGCUUUUCAAAGGGCAAGACGUUCUGCAGUUACAAGUUAUAUUUAGAUAAAACACCGUCUGCGACACAGACAAUAUCGAAUACCAUCAACCCUAACUUUAGUUACUCAAAGCGGUUUACAUUUUCACCGGUUACAAAACAGUUUCUUGACUAUCUCUUGAAUCAACCGCUGGUUAUCGAGGUGUGGGGUAAGCAAGCUUCACGAAAAGUCAGUACAACAGUGGCACAGAAGAGUAGCACUGCAAGUAAACCCGAAAUACCUCAGAAUAACGCACCAGCAAAUGGAGAAUUGCCUCGCACAAAAUCGUUGACAAAUGAUGAUCGCAUGCGGGGUCUGCAAUUGACAAAAUCCAUACGACGUGCUGAUCGUUCGGACAAAAAGCUUAAAAAGAUUCGAGAGUUGGUAGAAGAAGCCAAAAAGAAUAAUUCAACAACUUUACAGGUUUCAAUGAUUGAAGACAUUCUUAAUGGUGGCGAAGGAGACAAAUUCAAAGCUACUGCUAGUGUCGUUAUAAAGACAAACAAGGCUGCUGCAGAUGGUGAUGGGAAGAUCACCAGUUCYGCUUGUGUUGUUCAAUAAUGUCGUUCGUCCUUGGCACUCCUUAGUAAUCAAUAGUGUACGAAAACAGGCGCGUAGCGUGGACUUUUUAGCUAGUACGCAYAUGUCAGGGACCGCGACACAUAUUUUGGAUUUGGCGACCGCGGGCAUCGAGAGCAUAUAAAAGGCAUCAAAUCCCGAAAAUUUUAAUAUUUCCUUUCCGCUAGUACGCACGUGCGUAUACAUGUAUAUGARUAAAGGACGCUACGCGCCUGUACAAUCAGUUAGUACAGCUGUUUCGACAGAAACUACCACCUCAAUUGUUUAGGACUUAAAUCUUUUGUACAGUGUAAUUUAAGGAUUUUUUACCAGUCCAAGUCGACAAUUUAAAAUAUAUGUAAUGUAUUGGUUUAAUGAAUAUUGACAUUCUUCGAGAAAUAAUCAAAKACGUGUUUUGUCUUGAAGGCUCAUUUUUAUCAGUGAAAAUAACCUGAGGAAAUGUAAAUAGUAAAGGCAGCAGAACAAAAGGUUUUUAUUUUGCUUACCUUGACCGCUCCAUUAUUAUAUAUGCAUUCGCUAAUUUUCAGACACGCCCGUAAGUCAACGGCGAAGAACCCCUUAUCACGUACUUCACUAGAGGAAAAUGAGAUUUUAGGUAUUUGGUCAUGACGGAGUAGUCACAUGAGUGAACAUUUAAUCCAAUCAAACUCUAUUUAUACAUAAUCUAGAGCACAUACCAGUUGAUCUGGAGUUGUAACUGUGCAGAGCACAUGCAUAUUUAAAGAAUUGCAAUAAAUGUGAAAAUCGAU